AUGAAAAACAAAACCACAUUGACCGAGUUUAUCUUGCAGGGCCUCACAGAUCAACCUGAACUUCAGGUAAUGGUCUUCAUCUUUCUGUUCCUGGCCUAUCUGCUAAGUGCUCUAGGUAAUCUGACCAUCAUCGUACUCACUCUGAUAGACCCCCAUCUCAAGACUCCCAUGUACUUCUUCCUCAGAAAUUUCUCCUUCUUAGAAAUUUCGUUCACAUCCAUUUUUAUUCCUAGACUUCUAACGAGUUUGAUAACAGGGAUUAAAGUCAUCAGCUUUGCUGAUUGCUUGACCCAGUAUUUUUUUGCUAUAUUACUUGGGGGAACAGAGUUUUACCUCCUGGCUUCUAUGUCCUAUGACCGUUACGUUGCCAUCUGCAAACCCCUCCAUUACCUGAAUAUCAUGAACCACAGAGUCUGCUUACAACUUGUUUUCUGCUCCUGGCUGGGGGGACUCUUAUCUAUCUUGCCCCCAUUUGUCCUGGUGAUGCAAAUCGAUUUCUGUGGCUCCAAUGUGCUGAAUCAAUAUUACUGUGACUUUAGACCCUUCAUUAAGGUUGCCUGCUCAGACACAAGCCUCUUAGAGCUGAUAGUCAAUAUCUUGGCGGUUUUGACUCUGGUGGUAACUCUGGGACUGGUGAUACUUUCUUACACAUACAUUAUCAAAACAAUCCUGAAGAUUCCUUCUGCUCAGCAAAGGAAAAAGGCAUUUUCCACUUGUUCCUCUCACAUGAUUGUCAUCUCCCUCUCUUAUGGAAGCUGCAUCUUUUUAUACCUUAACCCAUCACCCAAAAAUGCAGGUAACUUUGAUAAGGAAAUAUCUCUGCUCAUGACUUCAGUUAGCCCUUUGUUGAACCCAUUUAUUUAUACACUAAGAAAUAAACAGCUAAAACAAGCUUUUAAGAACACAGUUAAGAAAAUUACAAAGUUAUAA